AUGAUCAACUAUUACCAAAAGUAUUUACCAAAUUUAUCAACGAUUCUGGCACCACUGCACAGCCUGUUGGAAAAAGGGAAAAGUUGGAAAUGGAGUGAAGAGCACCAAGAGGCAUUUAGAAAAUCCAAAGAGUUAUUGAAGUCCUCACAUCUAUUGGUGCAUUACGACCCGGAGAAGGAGUUAAUACUGGCUUGCGAUGCCUCACCAUAUGGCUUGGGGGCUGUUUUGUCACACCGAAUGGAAGACAACACAGAACAACCAAUUGCAUUUGCCUUGAGAUCACUGUCCGCAGCUGAAAAAAACUAUUCUCAACUAGACAAAGAGGCGCUAGCCAUCGUAUUUGGUGUCAAGAAAUUUCACCAGUACGUGUAUGGUCGACAUAUCACCAUACUGACAGAUCACAAGCCGUUUGAGCGGGUACUUCAUCCGGAUAAAAUGACACCACCAAUGGCUGCAGCUCGAAUUCAGCGGUGGACCUUAAUUUUGUCUGCAUAUGACUACGUCAUUCAGUACAAAGAAGGAAUUCAGAAUGCAAAUGCUGAUGCCCUCAGUAGAUUACCAUUGCCAGACACCCCAGGUUCAACACCAGUUCCUGAAGAAACAAUCUUACUCAUGGAACUAUUGGAGACUACUCCAAUCAGAGCAGAGCAAGUGAAGAACUGGACAAAGAGAACUCCUAUACUUGCUAGAGUUUUGAAAUUUAUUAAACAAGGUUGGCCUAGCAAGUGUCCAGAUGGGGAGUUUCAACCAUAUUUUCAACGACGAGACGAGCUGAGUGUUCAAGACGACUGUAUACUUUGGGGGAACAGAGUGGUUGUUCCACCCCAAGGAAGAAGGCAAGUGGUUGACGAAUUACAUGAAACCCACCCAGGAAUAUGUAAGAUGAAAAGUCUAGCAAGAAGCUACGUGUGGUGGCCAAACAUGGAUAACGAUUUGGAAAACAAAGUACGAACGUGCAACAACUGCCAGAUAAAUAGAAAGAAUCCUCCUGACGCUCCUCGUCAUGGUCGAUGCGUACUCAAAAUGGCUCGAAGUACAUCCAACGAAUGUGGAAACAUCGAGAGCAACAAUUGA